AUGUCGCAGAGCCCGCCCGGGUGUACACUGAGAGGGCAGGGUCGGCUGGCACGGGAAACCUCUUCCGGAAGCUCCGCCAUGGAUGACUCCGGGAUAAUCCGGCGGAGGAGGCUGCAGGUUAGGGUUACAGUGUGGUUACAGUGUGCUGUGCUCCAGGUGUGUGGGACCCCAGAGUACAUCGCCCCAGAGGUGAUCCUGCGGCAGGGCUAUGGGAAACCGGUGGACUGGUGGUCCAUGGGGGUGAUCCUGUAUGAGUUCCUGGUGGGCUGCGUACCCUUCUUUGGAGACACGCCUGAAGAGCUGUUUGGACAAGUCGUCACAGAUGAUAUAGAGUGGCCUGGAGGAGAUGAAGCCCUCCCUGCAGACUCCCAGCACCUCAUCUCCUCUCUGCUGCAGACGAACCCUCUACACCGUCUGGGCACAGGUGGAGCGCUGGAGGUGAGGCAGCACCAGUUCUUCUCAGAGCUGGACUGGAACUCUCUGCUGAGGCAGAAGGCAGAGUUCAUCCCUCAGCUAGAGUCAGAGGAGGACACCAGCUACUUCGACACUCGUUCGGAGCGCUACCACCACGUUCACUCGUACGAUGAGGACGACACCAACGAGGACGAGCCUGUGGAGAUACGACGCUUCUCCUCAUGUUCCCCGCGCUUCAGCAAGGUGUACAGCAGCAUGGAGCAGCUGUCCCAGCUGGAGCAGAAAGGCAGCGUGACGCGCAGGGAGCCCCGGGGGGACCGGGGAGACCGGGCCAAGAGGGACAGUCUGGGGAGCCUGAGGGAGAAGACCUGGAGGACUUCUCCUGAGAUGAAGCGCCUGUCCUGUUCGGAGUCGUCCUUCACCGAGAGUGAUUCCAGCCCCCCCUCUGGUGCCCGGCGCCGCUUCUCAGCCCUGCUGGACACGCAGCGCUUCACCUCGCCUCCGGAGGGCGCCCCCAAGCCCAUGCCCCCAUCAUCGCCCGCUAGGCAACACCCUGUCAAGACGAGGGGCUUGUCCCUGGAAGGAGCCAUGGCAACCACCUGUAGCCACGGAGACCUAAGGGCCAGCGUGAAGGAGAGAAGCGGAGGAGGAGACAAGCUGCUGAGGCCUGCUGACGUCUCCAUGGCAGCCUCUACAGGGUCUCCUGACCCUGGGCCGCAGGGGCGGGGCGCUGUAGCCUCUGACCUGGGGCUGCGCAGGGCUCGCCACCCAUUGGAUGACGGAGACAUACAGGGAUCACGGCCAGGGUCAAAGGUCACCAAGUCGGCCUCCGCCACCGCCCUCUCUGUCACCAUCCCCCCAGUAGAGCAGCAUGGCACCUCCCCCCUGGCCAGCCCCAUGUCUCCCCUCUCUGUGUUGUCUCCUCCCUCCUCCAGGGACGGCUCCCCCAGCAGAGACUGUUCCCCCAGGGUGAGCUCCCUGCGCCCACCCAUUACCAUCCACCGCCGGGGCAAGAAGUACGGCUUCACCCUGCGGGCCAUCAGGGUCUACCUGGGAGACAGUGACAUCUACAGCCUGCAGCACAUGGUCUGGCAUGUGGAAGACAGUGGCCCCGCCCAGGAGGCGGAUCUGUGUGCUGGUGACCUCAUCACUCAUGUGAACGGAGAGUCGGUCCAUGGCCUGGUCCACACAGAGGUGGUGGAGCUCAUACUGAAGAGUGGAAACAAGGUUACCGUGACGACCACACCCUUCGAGAACACGUCCAUCAAGGUGGGUCCUGCUCGGAAGUCCAGCUACAAGUCCAAGAUGGCGCGCCGCAACCGGAGGGCUGCAGCCAAGGAGGGCCAAGAGAGUAAGAAGCGUAGCUCUCUGUUCAGGAAGAUCACCAAGCAGUCCAACUUGCUGCACACUAGCCAGAGCCUGUCUUCCCUGAACCGCUCACUGUCGUCUGGGGACAGUCUCCCCGGCUCUCCCACGCACAGCGCCUCCUCCUCCCUCUCCUCCGCACGCUCGCCCACCCAGAGCUGCCGCUCCAGCCCCGACCCCCCCUACCAGGGGUCUUCGUCCCAGAGCUCCUCCCCUGCCUCCAGCACACCCAACUCCCCCGCCUCCCAGCACAUGCGUCCCAGCUCCCUGCACGGACUCUCUCCCAAGCUCCACCGCCAGUACCGCUCGGCCCGCUGCAAGUCUGCCGGCAACAUCCCCCUCUCCCCCCUGGCCCACACGCCCUCCCCCACCAUCUCCUCACCCCCAUCCCUCUCCGGCCACACCCCCGGGAGCUCCAACACCACCCAGACCUUCCCCACCAAGCUUCACUCCUCGCCGCCCGUCACCCGCCCGCGCCCCAAGAGCGCCGAGCCCCCGCGCUCGCCCCUCCUGCAGCGCGUGCAGUCCACAGAGAAGGUGGGCCCGCCCCUCCUCCCUCCCACUUCCUCCCCCUCCUCCUCCUCCCCCCUGGUGGGCGGGGGGGUGACUCUGAGGAAACACAGCCUGGAGGUGAGCCACGGGGAGUACCGUCGAGAGUCCUUCCACUGUGAGCACAGCUUGCAGAGUCUGCUGGAGAUGGAGGGGGAGAACAUCCCCGGGCCCCCUUCCCCGCCAUCCCCCUCCACCCCCCCCCUCCCCCCCAGUGUGGGGGAGGAGCCAGGCCUUAAGCCAGGCAGGAGGCUAGGGAGGCACGAGUCCCUGACCCCCCCACCCCACCAGCCCCCACCUGGGGCCCUGCCCAGCUCCCCCCCAGCCCUCUCUACCCCAGCACUCUCUGCCCCAGCCCUUUCUGCCCCAGCCCUCUCUGCCCCAGCCCUCUCUGCCCCAGCCCUUUCUAACCCAGCCCUCUCUGCCCCAGUCCUCUAUACCCCAGCCCUCUCUGCCCCAACCCUUUCUAACCCAGCCCUCUCUGCCCCAGUCCUCUAUACCCCAGCCCUCUCUGCCCCAACCCUUUCUAACCCAGCCCCAGUCGUUUCCAACCAGCCAGGUAGAAUCCAGGGCGGAGGCAGGGAGGGGACAGGAUAUGCUCCUCCAGUCCCACCCCAUGGUCCAGCUCCACCUAGGGCCCCAACCACAGCCCCAGCCCCAACCCCUCAUAGGGCCCCAACCACAGCCCCAGCCCCAACCCCUCAUAGGGCCACAACCACAGCCCCAGCCCCAACUAGAGGCCAAGCCCCAGGAAGGCCCAGAGCAGACAAGGUUUUGGCCCCUAGCAGCAGUUACCGGGGAGCCAGGGAGGGGAGAACCCUGCUGGAGGUUCUGGAGGAGAACCCCAUGUCUCCCUCCUCCCCUUCCUGCUCCUCCCCCUCCAUCCCCUCCUCCUCCUCCCCAUUCAUCCCCCCCUCCAUCCCCCCCUCCUCCCAAUCCCUUACACCCUCCUCCUCCAUCACCCCUUCCUCCCCCUUCAUCCCGCCCUCCUCGCUCUCCUCCUCCCUCUCCAGUAGGUCCCGUCCUGUCUCUGCCGGCGACAAGGCCUCCUUCGUCACCCAGCUGUCCAGCGUGGCCAGGACUGUGCUGGGGCCUAUGAAGAUGGUCUCCCUGGAGGGCCCCAGGGCCAAGGACUUUCCCAGGAGCGGUGAGGAGAGGCAGGGGAGCUCAGCAGGAAAGGCUGAGGCUUGUUCUGGAGGUGGUGGCCGUGGGCCGGCCCAGGGCCUGGCUCCGUCUGAGAAGAGCAGCGCACGAGGAGGUUCCAGCAAGAACCACUGAAGACCCCCCGGAACUCUCGGAAUGCCCGGGACUAUGCCUUUGAGGUUCCAUUGUCAUGUGACCAUAUCAGGUUCCAGUUCUGUGUAGACUGUCGCCGUAAAGAGAAGAAAACACUCUGAAACAGACACCAAAUGACUCUGACAGAUAGAGAUGGGAAAAGUGCUUCAUCUGUUCUACUGUGUGUGUCCCCUCAUCAUGCUCAUAGAGUAACAAGCUCAUGUCUUAAUGCAUGUCCUACACUGUACAGGGGAGAAAAUAGAGAAUAUUUAAAAGAAAAAAAUAAUAAUAGUUCUUCAGGAUCUUAGAAGUAGUAAACACUGUGAUUAUGGAGCUGAGCGUCAGCUAGCUGCAGCAUUUCCAUGUGGACACUCCACACUUCCUGGUUAUGUCAUCGGGCAGCACGACCCCUUCCUAGUUAUGUCAUCGUGCAGCACGACCACUUCCUGGUUGUCAUCGGGCAGCACGACCACUUCCUGGUUACUCCAUAUAUGGGCAUUAACAACACCGGGCUUCCUCA